AAACUGCACCUCGGAGUGGGGUGUGCUGUCCUUCUCUCUCUCUCUCUCUCUCUUCCUUCCUUCUCUAGCCCAACUUUUGCUCAGCUCUCUUUAGCACUCUUUGAAUUGGGCACAAUGAAUAGGCAAUUCAGUUCUAGAUCUGGGGGAGGGAUUAGGACUUCCCGGGGAUAUACCUCUUCCACUACUGUCAUUCCCAGUGGAACAAAAGCUAGUUUCAGUUCCGUUUCAUUAUCCCGUGGUGUGAAGGGAAGUGCAGGAUUUGGUGGGGGCUUUGGUAGUAGAAGCCUCUACAAUCUGGGGGGUAGCAAACGAAUCUCUUUUGGAAUCAGUCAUGGUGGCAUUGGAGGAGGCUUUGGGAGUGGCCUAGGAUAUGGUGGUGGUGGUAGAGGAGGAUUUAGUAGUGGCUAUGGAUAUGGAGCUGGAGCUGGAGGUUUUGGUUUAGGUUUAGGAGUAGGAGUAGGAGGUUAUGAUGGUGGACUAAGAAUGGGGUCCAUGGUUCCUCCUGGGGGCAUCCAGAAAGUGACUAUCAAUCCCAACCUCCUAUCGCCACUGCAUUUGGAGAUUGAUCCUGAGAUUCAAAAAGUGCGGCAACAAGAAAGGGAACAGAUCAAGACCCUCAACAACAAGUUUGCAUCCUUCAUUGACAAGGUACGGUUUCUCGAGCAACAAAAUAAAGUACUAGAAACAAAAUGGAAUCUUCUGCAACAACAUGGCAGCUCAGCUCCAAAGUUCAACCUAGAGGCCUUAUUCGAGGAUUACAUUUUUAACCUCAGAAGGCGAUUGGAUCAGUUAAUGAGCGAUCGGGCAAAGUUGGAUGGAGAUCUAAGAAACAUACAGGAUCUUGUAGAAGACUACAGAAGGAAAUAUGAAGAAGAAAUUAACAGACGCACCGCUGCUGAAAAUGACUUUGUUGGUAUCAAAAAGGAUGUUGAUGUUUCAUUCAUGCAAAAAGUAGAGCAUCAAUCAAAGUCUGAUAGGCUGUCAGAUGAGAUCAACUUCCUGAGGGCCCUCUAUGAGGCUGAAUUGAAUCAAAUCCGAGGACAAAUUAGUGACACCAAUGUUGUCUUGCAAAUGGACAACAACCGAGAUCUGGACCUCAACAGUAUCAUUGCUGAAGUGAAAGCACAGUAUGAAGACAUUGCCAACAGGAGCCGGGCUGAGGCAGAAGCAUGGUAUCAAACCAAGUUUCAGGAACUUCAGACCACAGCUGUUAGUCACGGAGAUGACCUGAAAAAUACCAAGAAUGAGAUUGUAGAACUGAAUCGGAUAGUCCAGAGACUAAGAGCAGAAAUUGACAGUGUGAAGAAACAGAUUGUCAAUCUUCAAAGAUCACUAGCUGAUGCUGAACAGCGUGGGGAGUCGGCCCUGAAAGACGCCCGAGGGAAAUUGAGCGAACUGCAAGUGGCUCUGCAAAAUUCUAAGGAUGAGCUGGCGCGUCUCCUGCGGGAUUAUCAGGAGCUGAUGAAUGUCAAACUGGCUCUGGAUAUUGAGAUUGCUACAUACCGCACGCUGCUCGAAGGCGAAGAAUCCAGGAUGUCUGGAGAACUCACUGCCCCUGUGAGCAUGUCGGUGGUCAGCAACACAUCUACCAUGAGUGGAGGCGGUCGUGUGAGCAGUGGAGGAUUUGGCCUGGGGAUUGGUGGAGGAGGAGGAGGCAGUGUUUCUGGAGGCAGCUUGAGCCUGACAAGGGGAGGGGUUAGUAGUGGCGGCUUUGGUAUAAGCAGUGGGGUUACUACUGGAGGGAGCAGUUACAGCACCGGAAGCUAUGGUGGAGGAAUAGGUGUUGGAGGUGUAGGUGUUGGAGGUGUAGGUGUUGGAGGUGGCUCUUCCAGCAUGAAAUAUGUCUCAACCACAACCUCAUCGUCCAGCCGAAAAGUAGUCAGAUAAAAAAAAAAUAACAUGUUGCCAAUUGAUUCUGAAAAAGCUCCUAAUCGCCAGCAUCAGCACAAGUCCCCAAGCUAGUCAUCCUUCUUUUUUUUUUUUCCCAUGAGAAGUUUAAUAUGAACAGACAUUGUCCCUUGUCUCCUGAAUGAACACAUCUGAGCUGGGGUUGACCAUUCAUGAGAAAUGGCUCGUGUUACCCCUUCUCAGGCAGUUUCAGUGUAACAAGUCUCUUUCCCAACCAACGUGACUUGUGGCUGUGGAGGCAUCUCUGAUUUUCCUCCCUCUGUUACUAUAAUUCUGCCUUCAGUAAAGAAGUCCCAUAUUUCCUACAGGUUUAAUGAAUCAAAGCAUCCCCCAAAUUGGACAGAAUUGAACGUUUCCUCCCCUUCUCUCUUUCAAAAGGAUGAUGAGGAUGCCCUUUUGUGAUAGGAAUUGUCAAUCAGUUUUUAAAUCUGAAAAGGAAUCUGGUGAAGGCUGAUUUAAGUCAAAAGGAAACAAAUCAAAAAAGCCAAGCACAAAACCUCUGAAUAUUAUUCCUAAAAGGAACCCCCUUCCCCACCUCACUAUUGUUACAGUGCAAAACUUUAGGAAUAGAGUCUGGCCACAUAAAACAUUUUUUUAACACACUGUUGAUUUCAAUGGGAGAUUAAGUACUUAGUUCGCUCUCCAUAUUUGAAAUCGACAGGAUGGGGGAAAUGCUUACUUUUUAUUUCAGUUGAUUUUAAGCACGAAAAAAAAAUCACUGAAUUGUUUCCAGCAUUGGCAUUCAUUUUAUGGUCAUAGUUUCACUUCCAUUUUCACAUUUCUGCGAUUUCUUAUGCUGCUCUUUUUGUUCAGUGCUUUGCACCAGCCAAUGAAUGCGAUAUAAUUAUAUUCUCUUAAACCCCAUUGAAAGCAGGAGGAAAGUGUAACCCAAACUGGUCUUGUAUCAUCAGGGCCUGCACUUUUUCCAUUUAAGCCCCAUUGCCCUGUUUGGUAUAUAUUGCUUGGUAUAUUUUUGGUUUUCCAGAGCAUUUAAAAAUGUGACAGCCUUCUGCUAAGAGGGCAUUUGAGAAUGGAAAGGGCAAUUUAAUGGAUGGGCUGACUGAAACAAUAUAGUUGCCAACAGAAAACAAAGAACUCCUGUGCUUUAAUUCAGUUGUAAUAGUAGGCAGGCCACUUCCCACACCCCAAGGAAUAUACACAGUCAAAACAACACAUUGUUUAAUAGGGAAUUAGAAGACAAGUGCACAGGUCAGCCAUCUUUUUAAAGGAUGCCUUUUGUUGUUCUGCGCCUAGAAGAAGCAUAACAUUUGACUUCAUCAACCGCAGAAAAAUAAUUUUAGUAUUCUUUUGGUUGACCUCCCCCCCCCCACCCGCAAGAUGAAUUUUUAAACCCGUUAAAUACAUUUCCCAUUUGAUGAAGAACAUUUUAAAAAGGCAUAAUAGUUUGUAUGGCUUAUUUUGUAAGUGUCCCCAAAUGCUUGAUGUAAAUAAAAUAGCAACCGUUUGGCUUCUUUUGCUCGGUCUAUUGUUCUCCAUAACUUCAUGCUUGAAAUUGCAAAUAAACUGCAUUGUGAUAA